AUGGAUUCAAGCAUAGAUCCAGAGGUGUCGAAGUGCCAAUUCGAUAAUGGUGCUAAAUUUAUAGGGGAAGAUAAUAUUAAUGAUGUUGAUAGUUCAUCCAAAGGCAACAACAUCGUAAGCACUUUACAAGACGAUGAAAGCGAGCCGUUGCCAAAAUCUUCAAGUACAGCAGAGGCAGCUUUGUCUUUGUUGAAUGACUUGCGUCAGCGAGAACAAGAAGACGAUCUGAAUGACUCCUCAUCGGCUUCACCAGCUAAUUACUUGGAAACGUCACAAAAGAUGGAUAUGUCAAAGCCUGAAAUGAAGCUUUAUCAAUAUGACCCGGAUGAGAAGCCGUUGCGUCUCGGCCGUCCGCGCAAAAACAUGUCAAAGCCUGUUUCGCCUCCUGAGACACAUUCGAAUAAAAAUUACAACAAAGCUAUAAUGUCAAAAUUUAGAUUCGACUCUUUACCUGUUGAAGGUCCUGGGUCUCGUGGUGGUAAAAAUUCGAGAAAGCAGACACGUGGAAAGAUUACGCAAGACGCAAUACGGAAGCGACAACAAUCUGUGCUCAAUUUUUCUGUAGUGAAAGAACCCUCAAGUGAAGAUGCUACGUCAGAACAGAAAAAUGUCAGCAAUGACAACAAUAAUGGGAAAGACUUGGUUAAGUUGACAGUAAAGGCACCGCAGGAAAGAUCUCAACUGCCAUCUUUCACUCCCGAACCAAAGAGACAGAAAUUGGGUGAAACACAUGCUGUCACGCAUGUACGAAGAACAUUGGCAAAACGAAACCCUAAAGCUUUGCCAUCCCCAUUAAUCCCAAUAAGCUUUGUAGAAGACUUCUUGGUGCACAAUGACGAGAGCCGAUUGACCAGUACAACUCAAUUGGCAUUGCGGUAUCCAAUACAAAAAGCACCGUAUGCAAAUGACAUCAUUUACUUGAUUUCGUUCUUGACCAAGUUCAGGGAUAUCAUACUGGUCCAAAAUUUAGGUCCCAAAAGUUUUGAAUCCGGGUUGAGUCUACCUGCUCUUCGAGAUCAUGUUGAGAGUACAAGAUAUGCAUUGAAGAAUAAACCGAUUCAAAAUGAAAGUGAUUAUGAUGUGUCAUAUGUGUCUCCUGAAAUGGAUAAUUUGUUCAAAAAGUUGCUCACAUUGGUGUUGAACCGGAAAAAGGACGUUGUUUCUGCGUCAAGUGCGAUACAGGAGCUUAAACCACAAAGUGCGAAAUUGGGUCUACCGAAAGAAUGGAAGGUAUAUAGCCCAAUUGAAGAUGAAGUCUACGACGCAGGUGAGCCAGUAGAUCCAAACCAGCCAGAGAUAUUGGUUACUGAAUUCCCCAAGGAAUCGGAUUUCGUAAUCACAUUCAAUCCAUUCUACAACAAUGAGUUUGAAGCAAAUGGGUUGCGCGGAUUGAGUAAUCCUUUGGACAGGUUACUCAUACUUAAAACUUUGGCUCAGUGGUCCUUAUCAACAUCUGAUGCAAUAAAGAAUUUCAUUUCGCAAAACGUACUAAAUCAAGAAUUACCUGGUGAGAAGGAUACCUAUUACGCUUCAAGAGCACUCUUGUUUGGCUUUGAAAAUUGUCACCAAGCUAAAUUGAAAGCUAAUGCAAGGCUAUCGAAAAUGAAAUCAACUGAGGAGGAUUUGAAAUAUGUCGAUCCUACAUCGAAUCCGACUGUGCAUUCUAUGAAUCUUAGAUUGGUUGAUCAUCUUGUGGGUGACUUGGGGUUUUAUGCUGGUAGAUUUUAUCUUUGUCGAAUGGCUGAUGGAGAAAAUGGUGGUCUUGCUUCAGUUAAGAAGAUGAGCAGUGUACUAAAAGGUCAAGAUGUUGGAUUAGGUACCGUGGCGCCCUCUGAUUUCAAACUAUAUGUUCAAGAUACCCAUCUGGUUUUAACUGGCGCGUUGCAAGCUGAAGGGGUUGAAUUUGACGACGAUGGAAGCGAGGUGAAGAACUCAACAUAUCGAAGCUUUGAUGAUUGUGAACACUGGUAUGAGGUUGCAUCUAAUGCUAAUGAGUUGAAGGACUUUAUUGACUUUUUGGAACUACUGAUGGAGGAUACCAAGAGGCAUAGCACUGAUCUAUACUUUUCGAUUCAACGUUUACAUGACUAUUUGUCGAAAUUAUAUCCAUUGCUUCAAAGACAGGAAAGUUUGGAAACUACAUCCAGACAGAAAAGGAAAAAAACAAUUGAUUAUAGUGACACACGUGCUGCAGCAAAAUACGAUGAUGCUUUUGGCGAAAUGGCCGAUGAAGGAUUAGGAGAUAACAGGUACGACGAUGACAAUUAUAUAGACGAUGGCGGACAAGAUGUUAAUGAUUCAGAGGAUGAUGACGAGUAUGUUGAUUGA